AUGAAAGUUUUUUUAUUCAAUAUUGCUUCUUUUGCCUCUGCUCUUUCAACUGGACAAAUGAGACCUUGUGAUAUGGCUGUUGAAGAAUGUUCUUUGAACUUUGACUGCGUCGACUUUCCCUACUGCUCUGAAGACGGCUUCUACUUCACUGGACCAGUUUGUAGCAUCGAGGGAAGCUGUUCCUGCAUCGACCGACUCACUGGAGCCAAAUCUGUUUCAUCCGAAGGAGUAGAGCUCACUACUCAAGUCUAUCUCCCUGCAGACUUUUUCGGCAGCUGGAUGACAGACGCACAAUUUAGCUGCGACUUGUUCUCUUCUGACGCUUCAGAGAGCGCUUCUUUAGCUGAAACUGUUCCUGAAUACGUUCUAUCGCAAAUUGCUCUCUAA